UUUUUUCUCGCGGUUUUUAGGGAACGUUGUGAGUUCUUUCCGGAAUUCAAUCACGUGAUUUUGUGCGAUGGAACAGUCGGCGCCUGCGCCCCGUGCUGGCAUUAAAUCCAGUGCAUUUGUUGCUUUAGAUCAAGCCAAGAUCGAAGGCGACGUUACAGUGGGACCGCUCAGCAUUGUAAGUCAAGGCUGUUCCAUUCUCGCGAUCGAUGGCCCCAUCGUCAUCGGGGAGUCGAAUCUGAUAGAGGAGCGUGCUGAAAUUAUUAACAAGGCAGGCCCGGAUGGUGUCGGUAAAGGAGAAACCAUGUAUAUUGGCAAUGACAACGUAUUCCAGAUAGGAUCGUCGUCGCGGGCUUUGAAAGUCGGAGACAAUAAUGUCUUCGAAAUCAAAAGAACAGCAGCACACGUCCAUUUCAGCCAGCGCCUCAACUUCACUGUUUACCUACGCACUAGCGAGUCAAGUGUGUGGUGGAAGGAAAGCAGACCAUCCCCGAGAACACCGUCAUCUAUGAUUAAUGGUGAACGAAACGCGCCAGGAAUUGCCGUGAAAAAGCUGAUCACUGUCGCGGGUGACGAAAUUCAGUUGAAAGGGUUGGACCAGCAGUUGCGUAAUCCCAUGUCCUUGUCGUCGUGUGCAGGUAAAGUCGGUCGCGGAGUUGAAGUGACAAAUGGAUGCGUGAUCGUAGUCAAGUGUGUCGUGGAAGGGAAGCAGACCAUCCCCGAGAACACCGUCAUCUAUGGUCAGGAGUGUUUCCGACGCGUGAUGUGUGAGCGACCGAAUAUUAAUGGUGAACGAAACGCGCCAGGAAUUGCCGUGAAAAAGCUGAUCACUGUCGCGGGUGACGAAGUGCCAAAUGUUUGUCAGGAUGAUGCCGCGGUUUUUUCGCUACUGCCAACUUUAGAGAUGGACUUUCUGCGGAAAGUAUUUUCGAAGGACAUGAAACUGAAGAAGCCGGGAAGCUCAUCUCGGCGGGUUGUCCCUUCGAGACCGAGAACAAGAGGGUCAGCAGGCGAAAUACCCCCAACGACAGCGUCGACGUGA